AAGUUAGAAUAAGGUGCAGCAUCAAUUCACAUACAGAGUUGAUAUUGAAUGAUAAUGCUUCAUUUAAUGCUUAUUGGUUGAAGCGUCCGUUUGAAGGAGUUGUUUCCUGUGACGUCACAUCCGGUGAGUGUAUCGUUUGUUUUAUAGCGCUGCUACUAGUCGCUAAUCUCCUAGUGCUCCUCAAUUUGUUUUAUCCAACGGACACAUCGGAGAAUCGAUCCUAGGCUAGUUCGGCUCUCCUAGUGCUCCUUAUUUUGUUUUAUCCCACGAUCGGACAGAUCGUGGAUUAAAACUACUCUCCUCUCCUCUUUAGCUCUAUCUUGCUAGCCUAGCUUAUCCGAGCUAUGGCUAGCCCUCUGCCUUCGUCCUCCCGUCUUUUCUGCUCAGUGUGCUGUAUGUAUAGCGAGCACCCUGGCUCCUUCGUCGAGGACAGUAGUAGCUGUAGGAAGUGUAGCUUAGUCUCAGGGUUGGAGACCAGGGUUUCUGAGCUAGAAGCACGGCUCUGCACUCUAGAGACGAAAGCUAGUCCUAGCUAUAGCCAGGUAGUGGCAGGUCGUGCUUGCAGUAGUAGGAUUGCUAGCGCAGUUAGCCCCCCAGCGAGCCCCGUGCAGCCGGGGGAAAUUAAGGAGGGAUUUGUGACUGUACGGGGGAAGCGCAGUGGUAAACGCACAACCUUAGUGCACCAGCAGCUUCACGUCAGCAAUAGGUUUGCCCCCCUCAGCGACACACCGGCUGAACCAGACACUCUCGUAAUUGGAAGCUCCAUAGUUAGAGACGUGAAGCACCCGGCGGUGUCUGUCAGGUGUUACCCAGGGGCCAGAGUCGGUGACAUCGAAGGAAACCUCAGACUCUUAAAGCAGAGUAGGAAGAGGUUCCGCCGUAUCGUGAUUCACGCAGGCGGUAACGACGCCCGGCGGAGACAGUCUGAGGUGCUUAAAUUAAACGUAGCCUCGGUGUGUGAACUUGCUAAGUCGAUGGCGGACACCGUAGUUUUCUCUGGUCCUCUGCCUAAUUUGGUCAAUGAUGAGAUGUACUCUAGAUUCUCAUCAUUUAACCGCUGGUUGUCUAGAUGGUGCCCAGAAAACGAUAUAGUCUUUGUUGAUAACUGGCACGCGUUUUGGGGCAAGCCCGGGCUCAUGCGCCGAGACGGCAUUCAUCCGACUUGGGACGGUGCUGCUCUCUUAACUCGAAAUUUGGCCGCCAAACUAAGUCUCCCAAAGUGACACUUGAGAGUGGGGGCCCGGGCGCAGUGUUGUAGUGUAAAACAUAACACUGUUAGUAGUGACCACUCGCCUCUUUCCGAGCUGUCACAAAUCCAAAAUUCAGGACAGAAGAUAGAGACUGUGUCCGUGCCUCGUAUAGUGAACAGGGGAAAACCGAGUACUAUAGGAACGAGACCAAAGAAUUUAAUACAUAUAGCCCCUGAUAGCAGUGAAAAUAAAUUAGCUCUUAAUAAAUAUAUAAGAUGCGGAUUAUUAAACAUCAGGUCAAUCUCGCCCAAAUCUCUGUUAGUUAAUGACUUAAUUGGGGAUUACAAUAUUCAUAUUUUGGCCCUGACUGAAACUUGGCUUCAGCAGGAUGACUUUGUUAGACUUAAUGAAUCCACACCCCCAAGUCACGUGAAUUUUCACACAGCUAGAAGCACGGGCCGUGGAGGGGGGGUGGCAGUAAUAUCACACUCUUGUUUAGGUAUGAGCCCAAAAAGUAAAGCUAAUUACAUUUAUAACUCCUUUGAAAGUCUAGCACUAUCAAUUAUAGACGCUAACUGGAAGAACCAAAAACCAGUUCUGUUCAUAGUGGUUUACCGUCCCCCUGGUCCCUACUCACAGUUUUUGUUAGAUUUCUCUGACUUUUUAUCUAGUAUUUUGCUAAGCUGGGAUAGAAUUAUAAUUGUAGGGGAUUUUAAUAUACAUGUUGACGAUGAAGGUGACUCCCUUGGUAAGGCCUUUAAUGACCUACUAGAUGGGACUGGCUUCAUUCAAAAUGUAAAUAAACCAACCCAUAGUCACAAGCACACCCUGGACUUGAUUUUAACCUACGGUACUGAGAUUAGUGAUCUUAGUGUCCAUCCCCACAACCCUGUACUGUCUGAUCAUUUUCUAAUUACCUUUCGGUUUGUGCUUCAAGAUAAUCCACCACCAGUGAUUAGAACUCAGAUGAAAAGGACAUUAGGUGAUCACUCUGUUUCAGAGUAUAAACAGAUAAUUCAGCCUAUAUUUGCCUCCAUGUCAUCUAAUUAUGAAGGAGUGAUGUCCGGCCUUGCUGUUAAUGACGAGUUUGUUGAUCGUGUUCUGUUUACGUUUCGUACCACCCUAGAUGUCGUCGCUCCCUCCAAAUUAAAGUUUGUCAAGCCGAGACGAGCAUCUCCCUGGUAUAAUGCUGAAACACGCUCUCUUAAACAAUCGACACGUAAAUUAGAAAGACUUUGGCGCCGUUCCAACACAGAGCACACCCUCUCUGCUUGGAAACACAGCUUAGUGACAUAUAAGCAGGCCUUGCGCACGGCUAAAACCAGAUAUUACUCAUCCUUAAUAGAGGAAAACAAAAAUAAUCCUAGGUUUCUGUUCAGCACUGUAGCAAGGCUGACAAACAGUCACACCUCAAUAGAACCUUAUAUCCCAACCACCCUUAGCUGUGAUGACUUCCUAAAAUUUUUUAACAAUAAAAUCGCAACUAUUAGAAAUAAAAUAAAUGAAUCACUUCCAAUUAUUAGGUCUGAUAAAGUGCAGACAAAGAAUUCGGAAUCUCCUAUAAACCCCUCUAAAAUAUUAAAUAACUUUACCACUGUAGACCAAAUUGAUGUAACUUCAAUUAUAAUGUCCUCCAAACCAUCAACGUGCCUCCUUGACCCAAUCCCAACCAAACU